UCCAGAGGAGGCCCUGGGGCUGGAGCCCCUCUGCUCUGGAACCAGGCAGCAAAGGGCAGAGUGUGACCCCAGAGCAGCUGAGGGCGGUGGAAGGUGCUGAGUGAAGAAACACUUCUCUUCAUCCCACUCCUGAAGGUGCUGAGUGUCUGAAGGGCAGGUUCCAGUCAUGUUACAGUGGGAGGUUCCCAGUUCAGGUUUCUCACAGUGAAGAGCUGCAGUUUUUCAUAGUUGCCUUUAGUCCCCUCUUGGACUGAAGCCCAAACUCACCUCAGAUUCAGCGGGGCUGAAGGAGAAGCUGCGUUGCCCCUGGGAAGAGAAUUCCAGCACAUUCCCUGCCAUUGGUUAGUAAAACCAGGGCUUUAACACCUGGAUGUGAGACAUCCUCCCCUCCAUGUCCCUCCAGCCUGGCUCUGCCCCGAACGUGCCAACACUGGAGCUGAGUGUUCUCUGCAUUGAAAAUCCCUUCUGUUGUUGCCCAAGUCGUCCUGUUGGCUGUCCCUGCAGCUCUUCCUUAAUUAUCUCCACGAAUUAAGGAGCUCUGAUGAAAUCCAAGCUGAAGAUGGCCUGGAGGUGUCUGCAGUACCAAAACACAGAGGUUGGAGUGUCAGACAGAAAAUGUAUUUUCUCGCUCUUCUGUAACAAAGAAACCACCCUGAACCUCCCCCCUACGGACUUUGAUGUGUUUUUAAGGUGGUUUUUGGCUAAUACACAGUUCAGAAGUCACAAGUUGUGGUAUCUCCCAUCUACAUCCGGAGUUGUGCUGGAUCUGCCUGGGAAAAAUAGAUAUUUCUUGACUUGGAACCCUUAGGGUAAGAUGUGGAUGACCCUGGGGUGCAGUGAUUGAUGGCAGGUCAACAGGCCCCUCACCUGCCUGAGACAUCGUGGGUUUGGGGUCAGUGGAGGUGCCCAGGGGCUGAAAGGUGGGUUUGGAGCAGCAUCCCAAAGGGGACAGAUCCCACCUUGUUUCUGCUGUGUAGGAAGGGACGUGGUCAGUGGUGGGUUUGGCAGUGCUGGGGAGGUUGGACUGGAUGAUCUCAGAGGGCUUUCCCCACCUCAGUGAGUCUGGGAAGGUCCCUGUGGCUCCCUCAGGGUUGUAGGAAAGGGAACCCUCACACGAGGUCGGCUUUUUGAGCCUUAAAAAUGGGAUUGGAGACAUAAAUUGGUGCUGCUUGACCUGGAAGGCGUUCUCAAAAAUUGGUGUCUUCGUGUCCUGCAGCGUGUUCAGGGCAGAGUGUCCAGCUCUGCCCUUGGUCAGGUGGAAUGUCACCUCCCUCUUGUCUCCUCUCAGCUGUUCACAAACCCCUCAGUGUACUGAAGUGCUGUGUGAAUAUUUCAUGGAGCAGCUCCGUUUCCCACUUCAGCUCGUGUUAUGCUGGGAUAGCAAAGUGGGAUUUCUCCGCCUCCAAACACAUCCCGUUUGGAAUGCAGUGGAUCUGCAGAGUUUCCAGCACAAAGGGAUCAUGUUUCCUGUGUAUUUAUCACAAGCUUUGUCCUCCAAACCGGUGUAAAGGGACGGUGGCGGCGUCUUGGACCUGGAACCGCGUGAAGUCACGGGGACUCCUUGUUUUCCACGGAGAAUUGCGCUGGGAAUUCCUUUGCUGAGGGGAAUGUGAAACUGGAAACACCUUGCUCCCUCCCCUGCUGUGUCAGGACCUCGCUGGUGGUGAUCCCUGAGGCAGAGGAGGGCGGGAUGGGAUGAGGGAAGGGGGAAAGUUGGGUUGUGGAGCAGCUGCCGGAGGAGUCUGGAUGGAAGUUCUUCCUCUUAGCAGGAUGUGAUGGGAAGGGAUCCUGUCCUGUGGGGGAGGGAUCCGUCUCUGGGGACUGAUGGAUGCCCAGAGAUCCCUGGGAGUGUCCAAGGCCAGGCUGGAAGGGGCUUGGGGCAGCCUGGGCUGGUGGAAGGUGUCCCUGCCCACAGCAGGAGUGGGAUGAGAUGGACUUUUCCAACCCAGACUUUUCUGGGAUUUUGUGAUGAGUUUGUAGACAGUGGAAUAUUCCCGAAGACUGAGAAGGGCCGGGAAUGAGUCAAAGAGGAGCAACAUCCAUAAAUCCAGACUCCUGUAGCUCUGGGAUGCAGGAGGGCUUUGGCACAGCCAAGACUUGGCAAAGAGAAGAACGUUGUCCUUGUCUGCUGGGAGGAGAAUCUCCCUUUGUAAUCUCAGGAACGGCAUUGGAUCAGCAGCUGGAGGCACUUGGAAACCAAAUGCCCUCCCUGGGCCUCACUGGCACCGUGUCCCCUUCUCUGGCACCGUGGAAGCGGAAUUCUGGGAGCCAAAUUCCCUUUAAUUUCUACCAGCUCGUUUGAUUUAGCUCGUUUGAUUUGUGUCCUGGCUAAAGUGACUGGAAAAACGGGAUCCUUUGAACAGGAUUGCUUAGAGAUGACCUGGAAUUAGGGAAAACCAGUGUGUGGUGGUGAAUUGCUGCUUCUGACUCGUGAGCUGGAUGCAGAGUGAUCCCAAACAGGUUUCCUGCCUCGUUUGGGGCAGUUGGGAUGAGCAGAAUGUUGGGAACACGGACUGGAUCCUGCACCAGAACAACCCUUCCCACAUCGAGAGCUGCCGCAAGCUCCGCCAGCAGUACCCGGAAUGGAACCCCGAGGCUCACUCCUCCAGCAGGAAUGCUGGGGACAGGAAGGAGAACCAGACCCCGAAGCACCGCUCCAGCUCCUCCAGCCCGAGCCCGCGGCGUUACCGCCCGGGGGGCUCCGGGUACCCCCUGCGGCGCUCCCGAUCCCGGAGCCCCGGGCGCUUCCGACGGCCCCGGAGCCGCAGCCCCCCCCGGUACUUCCGACGGCCCAGCCUCCGGCACAGGUCCCGCACCCCCCAGCGCCCCAGGAGCUCCCUGAGGCCCAGCUCCCGCUCCCACCGCUUCUCCAACUCCGAGCGCUCCUCCCGCAGGUCCAGCCGCUCCGAAGACAGAAAGGCAGCACUCGAGGCCGUCAUGAAAACCCUGGGGCCUGAGUUCCUGGCAGAGUUCAAGAAACACAAAUCACUUCAGGCAGCUGUGCAGGGAUCCUUGGGAUCGGGAAGAUCCUCAUCCACUCACGGACCCCCGGGGAAGGUGUCUGGGAGCGUGAAGAAGCCGCUGAAGACAAGUGCUGCUCCAAAGGCUCCCAAGAAGGAUGGGUCUGCUGCGCCCGGGCCGAGCUCUGCCUCGUCCAAAACGGAGGAAUCAGCCCAAAGCAAGGAGGGGGAAGAGGAUGAGGAAGAUGAAUCCGCAGGGAGCAGCAAACCUCAGUCUGCUUCUUACAACAGGCUGCUGAGGGAGGACCUGCUGAGCUGUGGGACCGUCCUGCAGAUCUCGGACCUGCCGGACGACGGAUUUUCGGAUCAGGACAUCAAAAAGCUGGUGCAGCCCUUCGGCAAAGUGAGCGACCUGAUCGUGCUGCGCUCCAGGAACGAGGCCUACCUGGAGAUGAACUACAAGGAGGCCGUGAUCGCCGCCGUCAAGUUCGGGGAGACGCAGCCGGUGCUGCUCAACGGGAAACGCAUCCGGAUCAGCGUGGCCGAGAAACCCCGGGCACCCGCCGGCCAGGUCAAAAAGACCAUAAAAAAACGAGUUCUGACUGUUAAAAAAACUUCAGCAAGUACCAAAAAAGUUCCAACCACCAGCACCAAGACCCCCAAACCCCUGACAGGUAAAAAGGAAAAGCUCAAGAAAUCAGCAGUGCCAGGAGAACGAAAGGUGAAGAAAACCCCGAGUGCUGCAGAACAAGCUGAGGAUGGAGAUCCCGAGCCCUCGGCAGAGCCCGGGAUGGAAACUGAGGAAGCGGAGCCGUCAGAUCCAAAGGGUGUCACGGAGGAGGAUGGAAUCCCAGAGCCUGCAGUGCCCGUGGAGAGCCAGCCCAGUCCCUCACCUGUGCCAGAGCCUCCAGGAACGGGCACACCGAGCGAGGAAUCCACAGAUCCAGCCAGGAAGGACCCCGAGGACCUGUGUGUGGUCCUGGUUUCCAACCUGCCCGAUAAGGGAUAUUCCGUGGAGGAAGUUUCCAACCUGGCAAAGCCCUUUGGAGGCCUGAAGGAUGUGCUGAUUCUGUCCUCUCACAAAAAGGCGUAUCUGGAAAUCAACAGGAAGGCUGCAGAUUCCAUGGUGAAAUUCUACACCUGCUUCCCCAUGUCCCUGGAUGGAAAGCAGCUCUCCAUCAGCAUGGUGCCUCAGUACCAGACUGUCAGGGAUGAGGAAGCCAUAUUUACUGCCCUGAUUAAAGAUUCUGACCCUCAGGUAAACACUGAAUCCAUCCAUAACCAGUUUGUGCACCUUGGGAAUUUGCCAGAUGAUGGAUACAGGGAGCUGGAGGUGGUUUGUGUGGGGCUUCGCUUCGGGAAAGUCGACCAUUAUGUUGUGCUGAAGAAUAAAAACAAGGCCAUCCUGCAGCUGGACACCCCCAGGUCAGCCCGCUCCAUGCACAGCUUCCUGCAGCAGUACCCCUACAGCAUGGGGGAGCACACCCUCAGCUGCUCCCUGUCCCCAAGGGGGGACCCUGCCCAGGCUGAAGCUGAGAAGAGAGACCCGAAGAGAGAGGAAGGGAGCAGAGCAAGCACUGGCUCGAAAAAAUCUCCCAAGGGAUCAGGAGUGGUGCCAAGAGCAGCUGCUGAUCCACCAGGAGAGCCCAGGGGGGCAAAGAGAGGAGCCAUUCCCGCCUCCAGUGGCACGGAGGAGAUUCCAGCGGCACAGACGGAGCCCCCCGAGCCCCAGCCGGGAGGAGCAGCGAGGGAAUCACCUGGAAGCCUGGCCCAGACGGCUGUGGAGGACACGGAUACUGGGAUUGGUGUUCCCGUGAAACCUGCUGGCACCAAAUCACCUGGAGAGAGGUCGGAGGAGAAGCCGCUGCCGCCUUCCAGUGCAGGGACGGAAGAGGCUCCUAAAACUCCUCCUGAACCAAAGCUACUGGAGAAGGGAAGCAAAGAGGGGGAUGAAGAGUCGUCUGCCCCUGCCAUGGAAGCACUGGGAUCGUCCAGCAGGGCUGAGGGGGAUCCAGCAGGUUGUGGGGUGAUCCCAGCAGCCGGGGAGCCAGCGGGAGCCAGCCCUGGAGAGGUGUCCCCCAGGGCUGAGGGGGCUCCCAUGGACACGGUGUCACCUGCUGUCACCCAGCCAGCCAAUGAGCUGGCUGCUCCUGGGAAGAGCCCUGUUCCUGAGGCUGGGAAAACCAACCCUGAAACGUCUGGAGCUCCGGUGGCCGAGAGGAAACCUGUCCCUAAAACCAGGGAGGCCCCAGGGAAGAGACUGGAUGUGGCUGGAGCAGAGGAGGGUGUGCUCAAAGCUGGACACACUGCAGAGGAGAACCCCGGGAAGCUCUUGGGCAAGGCUGGGGCAGAGCUGGAGAAGCAGCUUGGAAAAGCAGCAGCCAAGGCUGGGGCUGCUCUGGAAGAUGCUCCAAGUGCCGUCGGUGGGAGCAACGCGGAAAGUUCGGUGAAAAGCCACCAAAACAAAGGGACAGGAGCAGCAAACCCUGACAGAAGCCACCCGGGAGCUCCACUGAACCCCUUUUUGUCCCUGAAGGAGCCCGCUGUGGGUAAAACCCUCCUGAGGGCAGUGGUGUCUAUCCCGGAUAUCUUCAAGGCCAGGGCCCCAGCGAAGAGCAGCGAGCCCUCCCCAGGCAAAGGGGGGGAGCAGAACCCCCCCAGAGCCGAGGGCCAGGCGGGGGGGGACAAGAAAACCCCCUCCAAACCAGCCCAGCCCGCAGCAGAGAGCACCCAGGGGAGAGGAGGGAGCGGCAGCUCCGGAGCGGAUGGACAGGGAGGCAGUGGGAGGAGCUCAUCCCAGCAGGAGAAGGACUCCCAGGUGGAAUCUAGGGCUGGUUCAAAACAGAGCCAAGAGGGAGAGAGUGGAACCCCUGGCACGGAGGAGGACCCCGGCAGCGCUCAGGGUCCUGGUGGGGACAGGACCAGUGGCGCUGGCAGCAGUGGGAAGCAGAAGGAGGAGGAAGAGCUGUUCCCGUUUAACCUGGACGAGUUUGUCACCGUGGACGAGGUGGUGGAAGAAGUGGAGUCUCCGGUUGUGCCGCGGCGAAACUCCCCCAGGGGCAAGAGGAAAGAGGGAGCCAAGCCCAGCCCGUCGGAGCCCGCGUCCAAGAGGAGGAAAGGGAAGGGCUCCGGGGCCAAGGGGGAGCCGUCCUUCGUCACCCUGGAUGAGAUUGGGGAGGAGGAGGAGCCACCUGCCCCACCAGGGGACCCCCAGGGGCUGCUGGUGGUGGACGAGGUGCUGGAGGAGGAGGAGCUGUCGGAGGCGGUGAAGGACCCGCAGGCUCUGCUCACCCUGGACGAGAUCUCGGAGCAGGAGGAGCCUGGAGCCCACAGGGACCUCCCCCAGCCCGGGUUCAAGGAGCGGGACCUGAAGGCCGAGCCCCUGGUGACGGUGGAUGAGAUCGGGGAGAUGGAGGAGCUGCCCCUGAACGAGCCCGCGGAGCUGGGCGCCGAGGAGGGCAAGGGCGGCGCCGCGGACUUCGCAUCCUCCCAGGUGCCCGACGACCCCGCGGCCCUGGUGACCGUGGAUGAGCUCCAGGAGGACAACGAGGACAACCCCCUGGUGACCCUGGACGAGGUGAACGAGGAGGAGGACGAUUUCCUGGCAGAUUUCAACCACCUCAAAGAGGAGCUGAACUUCGUCACGGUCGACGAAGUCGGGGACGAGGAGGAGGAGGAGGAAAGCGCUUCCCCAGGGAAGAGUGCACACAAGGACAAGGAUGAGGAAGACAUCGUUGCUGUGGCAGGGCCAGAAGAAGAGGAAAUCGCUGCCAGUGCAGGACCAGAGGAGGAGGACAUUGUUGCUGUUGCAGGACUAGAAGAAAUAGGAAUUUUGGGGGAUCCAAAUCCAGAAGAGGAAAUCUCUGCAAUCUCCAAGCCAAAAGCAGCUCAGCUGGGAUCAGGGGGGGCAGAACCAGAGUCCAAGCAGAAGAAAGCGACUGUUCUGGGUGUCCCCAAGGCACAGAGCGCUCCCAAAGGUAAAUCCAGAGGAACCACCCCAAACUCUCCAGGCUUUCCUGCCCUGGACAUCCUGGUGCCCAAGGCCGGGUUCUUCUGCCAGAUCUGCUCCCUGUUCUACGCCGACGAGCCCUCCAUGAUCCAGCACUGCCGGACCCCCCUGCACCGGCACAACAUGGAGAAAUUCAUGGCCAAGCAGCAGGAUAACGACGGGGAAGAGCCGAGCUCCAGGUGAUGGAGGACAGAGGGACACUUUGGGGCCACUCAGUGCUGUGUGUUUGGGUUCCAUGUGUCGUUUGGGGUCAGGAAGGAGCGUUUGUGGUGUGGGAAUUGGAGCUGGGAGGAGACCCCGGAGCUGCUGGGGUGGAUUUGUGUCUCCAGUCACCUGGCGUGGGACUGACUGGUCCCAGUGUUGGCAGGAAAUAAAUGUUCUCACUGUAUAGUUACCCCA